CACAAAUCCGGCGACUGACUUUAACCAGUCCUGUUGCCCAAGUGUUUUGGGUUAGUUUAGUGCUGUGAGCUGUGAAUUCUUGUAUACUAAGUCCGUUUUGUUUACUUAAACCACACAUUAGGCUGGUUAGUGUAGUUUUGCGAUAUUGGGAAGCUGCUAGCAGUGGCUUGCUCAAAUCAAAUCAUGGCUUAUAUUCAGUUUUUGAAGGUCCUGCACCGAAAUCUGCAGCACAGAGCACCACAGGUCAGCGUGCUUAUCCAUACGCACAGGAGAGUGUCAACAUUAUCAAGACUGGCCUUUCACAGUGGACUAGAGGCUAAUUCGCCUGUGCUAAGCUGCUUAAUACAAACACACAGACGGCGGGGUAUUUGUCUCGACUUUACAGCCAGAAAUAAAAGCAGCCCCGAGGACCGAGACAGGUCAGUGUCCAAGUACCAGAGUGGGAGUCCAAAGCCUUCAGCUGCACAAAAAGUGAAAGAAGCUGGCAGGGACUUCACCUACCUGAUCGUGGUACUCAUCGGGCUUGGAGUGACAGGUGGGCUGCUGUAUGUGGUGUUCCAAGAGCUGUUUUCAUCCGCCAGUCCAAAUAAAGUGUAUGGGAGAGCCUUCGAUAAAGUCAAGUCACACCCAGAGGUAAUUGGUGCAUUUGGUGAGCCAAUCAAAUGUUACGGGGAGACCACCCGUCGAGGAAGGAGGCAGCAAGUCAGUCAUAUCGAGUACCUGAAGGAUGGAAUGAAGCAUAUGAGACUUAAGUUUUACAUUGAGGGCUCAGAGCCGGGAGUGAAGGGGACAGUGCAUACAGAGUCUAAAGAGAAUCCUGAAACUGGAAAAUAUGAGUUUCGUUAUAUAUUUGUGGACAUGGACGUCUACCCAAGACGGACUAUAAUUGUGGAAGAUAACAGAUAAGGACCGUAGAUGUGUGAUUCAGCGUUAUGGAAGCAUGAGGAGCAUGUGUUAGAUGUGUUGCUGGACAGAAAAGCUGGAGAAUUCACUUUCACAUACUGUCAGAGGCUGUUAAACAAUUACAGCUUUGGUGUAGCAUUUGGUGUAGAGCCUUACAAAGCAGAGAUCAAAGGAUCACAUGGCCCCAUGCUACUAAUUUAUAAAUGUUUGUUUUUUUACUAGAUUGUGAUCUUGAUUUUGAAAUAAUAUCUUAAAUUUGAAUACAAUAAAACACUUGGGAACAAACAUACAACUGAAGCGGUGUGUGUGUGUGUGUGUGUGUGUGUGUUUUGGACCCUCCCAGGGAAGGAAGUAUGUAAUAAGUUCUGUUUGUCGUUAGCAGUCAGUUUUCAAGAUAUCAUUUUCAAAUCUUGUUCGAUGGUAGAUACCAAUAGCAGCUUAAGCUGUUUUCAUUUUAGUUCACAUCAAAUGUGAAAUUCAGUAAAAACUUUAUAUUACCCACUAUACUUUGGCUUCAAACUUCUCAACAAUAGAUUAGACCUUCAUUGGGGGACCUUCAUUGUAAGCCCUCCAAGGUCAAAGUUAAUCUUUGGGCGGGGGCGGGGGGGGAAUUCAAGGAACUAUACUGAGUAAUACUUCAUAUGAAAGCGCAUGGACAGAGCUCUACAACACACUUAUUAACUUUUUCAGUACAAUGCCCUACAGCGUUACAAUGACCCCAUAAAUUUUUACAAACUCACACACUGCAUAACUAUAUCUUAAAAUCUCAGGUUUCUAUAGCUUGUACAGCCAAAGAUUUCAGCCAGUUUUGCUCCAAUCAUAUGGAUAAAGAUAAUAAAAAUACACCAUUUUAGUAUGUAAUGCUUCAAGGUCAAAGGUCACACAUCAGGGUGCUGUAAUAAAACCAGGUUGAGGUCAGUGUGUAUUAAAAGCCGGCUAAAGUUAGCAAGUUUAAUAAAACCAGGCUGAUGUGAGCUUGUUGUAAUAAAACAUCAUAAAACAACCAUGUUUUAGCGUAGCCUUUGUCCUUCUAGGGGAGUUGCACUCUCUCUCGAGUGCUCUUGUUUAUUGUAGAGAUAAUUUUCAUUGGAGCUACAAUUCUUCCUUCAUCUGUAAGUUGUUUUUGGGGUGUAAGGUCCAAUGACAAUUUAACACAUCUUUUAUAUACAUAAAAUACAGGUCUAGAAAAUAUUAUGGAUGCUUUCCUGUCACGUUUAGUUUAUUUGUUGUGUACAGAAUUACAUUUUUAGAAAUGAAGUAUGAAACAGUUACCACUAGAUGGAGGUAACGCAUUGAGCUAUGUACUGCAUGGCAUGCCCUUUUUUAUAUUUUUGCAGGUAUUUUCCAUAUAGAAUGUGGAAACCGUAACCAAUAAACCAAUAUUAAAACUUGUCUC